CUGCACCCCUGUUAAAAGAUGGCGGCUUGUUCUGUACUGCUCCAGAGUCCCGGUUUCAUACGGCCGCUGCUCCCCGGGGCUGUCAGGACGAGCCGUGAGUUUCUUCUUACUUGUCUGCACACUCACGCGACAGGAACUCGCAGAACCCAAGAAAAUGGCUCAUGCACAUGAUCCCAGACUCGUGUUGGGAAACCAGGAGACAAUCUGGACUCUCUCACGAGCUUCUAUGAGAACUCAGCCAUCUCCAAGAAUAGUGGCACUGGCCAAGCCCAAGCAAGAUUUUUGCAAGCACCGGUGCAGACCCCUCUUCAAGUACAGCUGUGGACGGGAAUCAACGAUCUGGGAGCGUCCCCCACUGGUGGAUUUUGGCCUCCCCUCUGAUCGGCUCCUGAAGUUGUCUGAACCUAAAAAAUGCCAGGCUGCCUACCUGCAACAAAGACCUCGCCAGUCCCCUCAGUGGCCCGUGUCACCAGCUGCACUGAGCCAUAAGGCUUCCCUGAGGACCCAGGAGCUUGCCCGGCCAAAGACAGUGCACCCUGACUUCCUUCUGGGAAGAGAGGUUUCCAGCUUGGCUCAGAAAGCAAUUGCGAGCCCUCGGGUCCUGGAGCUGGCAAAGGCAAAACCAGUGCAUGCUCAGUAUGUGCCCCUCAGGGAUGCUGAGUGGCCAGUGUCAAAGGCUGCACAGCAAGCAACGAUGACACCAAGGCUCGAGGAACUGGCCCAGCCUUGCAAAAGGCCUUCUAUGAGCUUGGUUCAAUUAAACCCAGACGCGUUCACAGUGAAGGAGGCUGCUAAGAAAGCAAUUUGUUCUGCUCGGAUCCAGGAGCUGGCUCGUCCAAUUAAGCGCUGAGCUCCUUCAGAAACACGGCCCACUGCCCCUGCUGGCAGCCCCCAUCACCCUGUGGAACAUCUCCCUCUUCAGGCAGUGCUGUGGCUGGAAAACCUGCUUGAGCAUGGGACAGCACCUAGCUGGAACAGUUCCUUUAGGGCAGCCACUUUUUACUGGGACUAUCUGGGGAGUGAAAUAAAACGGCAGUGCCUUCGAAAAAAAGUAGUCAGCAGGGAAGAAGAGCAGAAUUAGACCUAAUGGAAAGC